CUCUUCAUAACACCAGUCAGUCAGCACAGACUCAAACCUUUCCACAAUGCCUGCCGGAAUCUUCAACUCAACCUACUACGGCAAAGACUACCGCGCUGGAGCGGCCCUUCUCCGUGCCCGUCGUCCGUACCUGUUCAAGAAUGCCUUUACCGGUCUGGCCUUGGUGUCUUUUACCAUUAGUGUUUACGCCUACACCAUCCGCGCCGUCGGACAGGAUGAGUUCUCGGAUGUGAAGAUUCCCGAUGAGCCGGCUAAGAAGCAAUAAUUGAUUUGACUGUUGCAUUUGCGGAAUACUGUUGUCGUUGUUUUAUCAUAUUUCCGGUUUCAGCGUAUGCUGAUCGAGCUGUGUGUGCAUGGAUUGAUUUGAUUUGAUUGUUGAUGGUGUAUUGGGCUUGGAGUUAGGCUUGAGAAUAACUAUGAAUAUACUGUAUAUUGUUCUUUCUGUGUUGGGUUUGUGCUGGGUUUGGGGGUGUGUGCGUGUGUGUGGUGGUGGGUUGGAUGUGUGAGGGGAGGAUGUUGAUGCUAGGGAAGGGGAGAGAUGGAUGUGUGUAGAUGGUGUUGCUGAUCAAGUGGAAAUCUCUGCUCGCGUCUUCUUAUUAUUUUAUCUGUAUAUUAUUCGAAGGAUAUCCGUGUUCAUUGUGUCAUUACUAUUCUGACAAGGUUCAGCUGGUUGCUUAAAGGGUGGAAGUACAGUCUACGCUUCUAACCAAAUGCACAACUUCUAUAAUUCCGCCUAUA